CUCUCCCUCCCUUACCCUUUUGGUCUUUCUUUCAUUUUCUCUGAAGCCGCAAUCCUAAUAAUACCACAUUUUCAGAAAAUCUAAAACAUCGAUUUUGAUUCUUCAUGAAACUGAUUUUAAGCUUAUUAGAUUAAUCACUUGCAUUGCAGAGGGAAAAAACAAACUCCCAAUUUUCAAAAACCUUAAUUGCAUCGAUUGAGCUUCAACUCUUAUCAUCUAGUGAUUUCUGGGUAAUAUCAAUGUUAAAGAUGAGGUUUGUGCUGGUUUCAGGAUAAGCAAAGGGUUUUGAUUUGCUACUUCUGGGAUUAAGUGUUCAAAUAUGCAGAAUAUUCACCGGGUUCUAUCACGUCUCUCGUCGUCGGCACUAGGCAUUGGCACAGGUGCUGAAAGAUUUGUGAAAGGAGAAAGAAGACCCGCUUUUGGAAAUUUAUCAAGGGUUGCAACAGCCUAUCAACUUAGAGCACAGGUGUUUUCAGCUAAGGCAGGAGGUGGUGAUGGAAAUGAAGGGAAAGAUGAUUGGGAGAGUGGGAUGGGUGGAUCUUUUGGUGGGAAUGGUAGUGAUCUGGGUUGGGAUUCUGUCUCAUCAUGGUCCACUGGAUUGACUAAGGAUCAUUUUGAUGGAGAGCUUGAGGGUCAGAAGACAGGUUCUAGCUCUACUGUUGGUGGUGGAUUAGAUGCUUCGCAGACUGCUUUGGUCUCAAGUUUGCAGGAGAUUGAUGAUAAGAUAAGAGAAUUGGACGAUGAGAACAAAAAGAGCAGGGUUUUUGUGGAUGGCUGGGGUGAGAGGUUGCGGGAGAUAAGUGUGCUGUUGAAGCAAGUAAGGGAACCUGGUGCAAGAGGAUCUUACCUGAAGGACUCGGAGAAGGCUGAGAUGUACCGCUUGCACAAGGAGAAUCCUGAAGUUUACACGGUUGAGAAGCUUGCCAAGGACUAUAGGAUUAUGAGACAGCGAGUGCAUGCCAUUCUUUGGCUGAAACAACUUGAGGAGGAAGAGGAGAAAAAACGUGGUCAUCCCUUGGAUGACUCUGUAGAGCUCUUGCUUGAUACUUGCCCAGAAUUUUUUAAUUCUCAUGACCGAGAAUUUCAUGUAGCAUCACUUCCUUAUAAGCCUGAUUUCAAGGUCAUGCCAGAGGGAUGGGAUGGUACCAUCAAAGACCUGGAUGAAGUCCAUUAUGAGAUAUCAAUGAAAGAGGAUGAGAUGCUUUAUCAAGAAUUUGUCCAGAAGAUGAACUUCAACAAAAUGAAAAUGGCAGGACAGGUAAAAUGCCACAAAUAUAGCAGGCGGCGUCCUUCUGAGGGUUGGAACUUUACAGUGGAGAAAAUGGGACCACGAGGGAAGCGUGGAGGUGGUGGUGGCUGGAAGUUUGUAAGCUUGCCAGAUGGAUCCAGCAGACCACUGAAUGAGACGGAGAAAAUGUAUGUGAAGCGAGAGACUCCCCGUCGCAGACCCAAGAUUCUCCCUUGAUGUCAAGUUUGCCCUGUUAGAUGUUAAAACCCGUUUUUCCUUCGUCACCAAAAGAAAAAGAAAAAGAAAAGAAAACAUAAUAAAAAAGAAAUUAACAUACAUUUUUCUUGCUUGGGAUGUCAUGGUGUUCUCAUCAUAUUUCAAUUUCUUUUGCACCUUAACCAAAGUCCAUAAUCAAUGUCAUUUCAUUCUAUGAUCAUGCUGCAUUAUAGUUUUAUCAUGUUCGGAGUUGAGUCUGAUUGCAGCAGAGCUCAUGACAAUUGACAAGUUUUGAGUAUGCAAGAAAGCUUCUUUGAUCUUCCUUGAUGGUCUGAUCCUAGUGAAGGUUUUUGUUUGAGGCUGUUGCUCUCUAGAGCAGACUUUCAAAAGCUUGGUUGGCUAGGGGUCCUUAUCCUGCAAGAAAAGAUAGGCUAGCUUCACAUUUUUUUAUGGGAGAAAAUCUGUUGUUGCUAUGGGGAUUAAGUUGUUUUAGAUAAUACUUGAGCUGGAACUUGGUUAAAAUGUGUUGCUACUUGAUAGUAAUUCGGCAUAUGUAUUCAUAUAGGACACUUAGAGUUUUCUUCAUUGCCUAGGUACCUUCUUUUGAAUCCCAAUUUUUCAAAUAGGGAAUUGUAAUUUUAAUUUUCUAUUUUUCUUUUUUCUAAUUCAAAUAAGAUUUGAGUCGUUUGUAACAAGUCAAGCUUUGUCAAUGAAAAAUUGGAACUUCCUAUAUCUAA